AUGGAACUUACAUCUUUGCCUAAAUUCCUUUGGACAAGUGACAACAAGCUUCUGCAUCACCAUUUUCCAGACAUACUGGCUACUGUUCAUACCACACAAGACAUCCCUGAAGAAGUUGUUUUUGGACCAUGCAUGCUCCAGAACACUCUGCUGGACACUGUAGCUUUCAUUGCUCUCAAGUGUUCUGACAGACGGAACAUCCACUAUGUAUUUAAGGUGGAUGUUACAUCUGUGCACAGUCCCACAGGACUGCCUUGGAUGAGACUUGUGCAAGCAGCUGCCCAUAGCAAGGAGCAGAACUUGGAAGCCUACUUGGAAAACAGUCAGUUAUACUAUCGCUCCACCAGGAAAAUCAGCAAAAACGAGGAGCUGCUUGUCUGGUAUGAUGAGGAGCUCUCCAGCCUCUUGGGUUUCAAUGAGAUAAAAGCUCAGAGGCCCCAGAAUGUCAAUCAUCCCCAUGAACCAAAGGUGCAGUAG